GUUGGUUGACAGAUUUCAUAUUUGAAAUAGAAUGCCAGAAUUUAAUUUAAAGCUGUAUAUUAUAUUUAUAUUUUUAAUAGGCGAAUUAACUAUAAAACAUGUAAUAUGCACUGUCACAUGCGAGGAAGAAAAAUUAUUGGAAUUUUUGGCUGGUAUACAAGUUUGGAGCCCUGAAAGUAUUUUUGAUUUAGCUAUUAUCGAACAGGAAACUAUUUGCAAUAAAUUAGAAGAAAAGCUUAAGAGUGUUGAAAAGUACUACACAGUUUGCAAACAACAGUAUCCCCAUAGUUUAUAUGUUUCAUUAGUCGCUGGAGUAAAAGCACUUAAUGAUAAAGUUUGUUGUUUUGAGCAACAAUUUUUUAGACAAUUCUUGAUUUACCAUCCCUGCCUGUAUGAACUCAGGGACGAUUUUGAAGAGUGCAAUGGUCCACCAGAUUGGACUGAGGAAAGCCAAACUGAGAAACUGUGCAAGUAA